CCCCCCCUUCGGCAUCGCGCUGGCUGCAAACGCCACGCGGAGACCGUGAGAAGCCUCGGAGCCCUCGCUGGGCACCGUCCUCUGGCUCCAGCUGCCGUCUGCACGGCCACUAACUCCUGCUCUCAUCGGCACCGGCCGCUUCUGCGUGGCCACCUCACCUGGUCUUAUUGGAGUGGGUUUCCCCCGCCUAGUUAGUUGGCACGGUCAUUGGCAACAAAUUCUUCAGCACGUUUGAUGCUUAAGAGGUUCUCUGACGUUUUGUUUGAGGGAUUCACCCGCCAUCGGCUUCUCCUGACCUCCUGCACCCUCUCAGCUGGAAACUCUUCCAUCUGUGCGGGCAGAAGGGUAGCACUGAGAUGCAGGCAGCCGUCAUAGCAGUGCCACCAGCGAGGAAGGGGGCUGGGAUCUAAAGAGGGGAAAUCCAAAAUGUUGAGGAGAAAGAGGAUGCUCCAGGGGAAAAGAACACGGUGAGCUGGCUAAGCAGGAAGCACUGCUGAGUGAGGGGGGCUCUAGAAGUAGCAGUACGCAAAAGGGGGAUGGUGGAAAGAGCCGAGCAGCUCGGCCCUCGGGUGGUGCGGCACGGUCAGAUAUCCGAGAGCCGAGCCUGGGAGACUGCAGGAACUACGGCAUGUGGUAAAUAUAGGAUAUCCGAACUGCUGCGCUGCAAACAGACAGAUAGGGUUCCCUAACGGAAGAGGGUGCGCACACCCCCGUUGCCCGGGGGCCCACACAGCCCGUGCAGAGGGACCCGGUUCGAGGCACACGCGGGCCAGCAGGGCCGCCCACCGGCCGGGCGUGUGCGGGAGCGGAGCCUCGGCGGGCGGCCAAGCGGGGCGGCUGCCAGCGCCGCGUUCACAGCCGCCAUCCCGCGGCGUGAGGUCACCGCUUUCUUUCCAGUCCGUCAUUCCUCCCCCUGAGCUCAUGCGGGCGCGGACGAGCCGGGAGGCCGCCCCGGGGAUGUGCCACCCUCUUGGCACCCGCAACCCCGCACGGCAGCCCGGGGCUCCGCGUGAGGGUGUUCGGGCGGGCGCGAGCGAACCCCCGUCCCGCAGCGCUCGGGCCGAUCCGCCCGGGGUGAGAGCGAGGAGAUCCGCUCCGGGGGUCCCACCGCAGGUUUCCGCGCCGCUGGGGGGAGAGGGAGGAGAAGGAGGAGACAGAGCCGCCCCCGCCCCGCCCCGUCCCGUCCCGCCCCGCCGCAGCCACCGGGCACCGGGCACCGGGCAGGCGGAGGCUGCGGCGCUCAUGGAAACGGCGGCGGUCCCGGUCCCGGGCGGCGGUCCCGGCCCCCUGCUGCUGUGCCUGGCCCUCGCCUCCGGCCUGGCACUUUUCAGCUGCGUGGGUGCCGAUGCCAACGUGACCGAGGGGCUGCCCUGCGAGGGCUGUGCAGGUAACGUGACGCAGCUGCGGCGGCGGGGACACUUCUCGCGGUGCCCCGAGGAGUACCGGCACUACUGCGUCAAGGGGCGAUGCCGCUUCCUCGUGGCCGAGGCGGCGCCGGCCUGCGUAUGCGAGCGAGGAUACACGGGGGCGCGGUGUGAGCAAGUGGACAUCUUCUACCUGCGAGGAGACCGGGGCCAGAUCGUGGUCAUCUCCCUCAUCGCCGCCGUCGUCACCCUCAUCGUCUUUGUCGUCUGCGUCUGUCUCUGUGCUCACCACUGUCGGAAGCAGCGCAGGAAGAGGAAGGAAGAGGAGAUGGAGACGCUGAACAAGAACGCGCCCUCGAGGAGCGAAGACGUGCUGGAGACGGACGUUGCGUGAAGGGGCGGGGGGCAGCGGGGACCCCUGAAGCUCCGACAGCUGCCCGCCAGGAACCUGCGGGCGGGUCCCAGCGCCGGCCGGGUGGGCGAGGGGUCGCGCUUGUCACGGUGCUAAUAAAGGGG